CUCUAGACUUGUCAAGUAAAAAGCUGAGUUCUUCAAAUGGGACAGUUUUAUCGCUACAUUUCUACUGUCUUGUUAUUGCUUUCGAUCAAGCAAAGAGCUAGAGUUGAUUACUAGUGACUGCUGAACCAUUGGCUAUUUUAUUCGUGGACACCGCUGUAUGAUCCAUCCACCUGGCAAGCAUGGCGAAUUUUGUGAAUUUGUUGUUGCUGGGCAUCUUCAUGAGUGCGAAUGCUGCAUCUGCGGCAGCGCCUGGCUGUGAGGUAGGAGAUGUGGACAGCAUGAGGUUUGACUGUCAUCCAGAGGCAAAUCCAAACGAGAGCGAUUGUGUCUCGCGAGGCUGCUGCUGGAGAGCGGCGACAGAGCGCAAUGCUAACUAUACCAAGCACAGUGGUGAGCGGCUGAGAGGCAUUCCGUAUUGCUUCUACCCCUCAACAUUCGGCUAUAAGAUAUCCAAUGUCAAGCAGGAUGACUCCGGCUGGAGUGCUGAUCUAUCCCUGGCAUCGAAUGGUGGGCCGUAUGGCGCUGAUGUCAAACAACUGAGGAUUGUCGUCUAUUUUGAAGAUGAGGAUCGGCUGCAUUUCAAGAUUUUCGAUCCUGCCAACAGCCGCUACGAAGUGCCCAUACCCGUUCCAGCGCCCCCGGCCGGGAAAAUCCCACAGGUGAAUUACAUUGUCAAGUACUCGGAGUACCCGUUUGGCCUGCAGGUCAUCCGUGCCACUGAUCACACAACAAUUUUCAACAGCAGUGUUGGAGGCAUGAUCUUUGAGGAUCAGUUCCUGCAGAUUUCGUCACUGCUGCCAUCGUCCAACCUGUAUGGGCUCGGUGAGCAUGUUGCGCCCAUGCUACUCGAUCUUGAUUAUCAAACCAUCUCUCUCAUGGCACGGGACAGAGGCACGCCACAUAGUGAAAACCUCAAUCUCUAUGGAGUCCACCCGUUCUACUUGAACGUAGAGAAAUCCGGUCAUGCCAACGGCGUGCUCUUCUUAAACAGCAAUCCCAUGGAUAUUGCAUUGCAGCCUACUCCAGCCAUAACCUAUCGUUCCAUUGGUGGAAUUAUGGAUUUCUAUGUGUUCAUGGGAUCGAGUCCAAACGAAGUUGUCCAGCAGUAUCUUGAGGUGGUUGGAUUGCCGUACAUGCCGCCUUACUGGUCGCUUGGCUUUCACCUGUGCCGAUGGGGCUACGACAACGCCACUCACACUGCCCAGGUUGUCAAUGACAUGAGAAAGAUGGGUAUUCCCCAGGACGUACAGUGGAACGAUAUUGACUACAUGGACCGGCAUCUUGACUUCACUUAUGACAAGACACGCUAUAGCUCUCUGCCAGAUCUUGUUGAUGACCUGCACAAGCAUGGACAGCGCUAUGUCAUGAUUACUGAUCCUGGCAUUAGCAGUACGCAGUCAGCUGGCUCAUACUUGCCAUUCGACGAUGGUCUGAAGAUGGAUGUGUUCCUGAAGAAUUCCUCUAAUCAGCCCAUAAUUGGCCGUGUGUGGCCUGGUGAGACGGCAUUUCCGGAUUUCUCACAUCCCAACGCAAUCGAGUACUGGACCAAGCAAGUAAAAGCCUUCCAUGCUGAGGUUCCGUUCGACGGCCUGUGGAUUGAUAUGAAUGAGGUAUCUAACUUUGUAGUUGGCUCAGUUCAAGGCUGCCCAAACAAUUCUCUGGAGAAUCCGCCAUACAAGCCAGGUCUAGGUGGUGAUCACAUGAGCACUAAGACACUGUGUAUGUCAGCAAAGAACUACAACACCACUCAGUACAACAUGCACAGCCUGUACGGAUACUUUGAAGCCGUCGCCUCAAUGAGUGCUCUGAAGACAGUGCUGAAGGAACGCAGUAUCGUCAUCUCGCGCAGCACGUAUCCCAACAGCGGGGCACACGGAGGUCAUUGGCUGGGAGACAAUAAUAGCAACUGGCCUGACUUGUAUCUAUCUAUUCCAGGUGUUCUUCUAUUCAACAUGUUUGGAAUUCCUUUGGUCGGUGCUGACAUUUGUGGCUUCGGUGGCAGCACCACUCCAGAGCUGUGCACUCGCUGGAUGCAAGUGGGUGCCUUCUAUCCUUUCUCUCGAAAUCACAACUCCAUUGGAAGUCCACCCCAGGAGCCAUCUCACUUCAGUCCUGAGUAUGCCGAUGGUAUGCGCAAGGCACUCUUGAUACGCUACUCAUUGCUGCCCUCUCUCUACACUCUGUUCUGGCAAGCCCAUGCACAAGGAGCUACUGUUGCGCGGCCACUUUUCUUUGAAUUCCCCAAGGAUCCUGCAACACUGAGCAUUGACAAACAAUUCCUGUGGGGCGCGUUUCUACUCAUCUCACCUGUGGUGGAUGCUGAUGAGACAUCAGUGAAGGCGUACUUCCCUGCUGACCGCUGGUACGACUUCUACACGGGUGCUGGCUUUGACUCCAAGGGCGAGAGUCGAACACUAACCGCUGAGCUGGACGCGAUCAACCUGCACUUGCGCGGUGGUUACGUCACAAUAAAGCAGGAUGCAGGACUUACGACAACGGCCAGUCGUAUGAACAACUUUUCAUUGACGGUUGCUUUAUCAGCCACCAAUGAAGCUCAAGGAGUGCUCUACUUGGACGAUGGUGUUACACUUGAUUCGUAUGAGACUGGACAAUACUCCUACAUCACGUACCAAGUAAACAAUGGCACACUAGUGUCAGCUAAUAACCAGCACUCCGUGUAUACACCCACUGGUGGCAAGUACGUGCAGCGCGUGCUAGUGCUUGGUGUGGACUCUCCACCAAAGGGUGUUAUGUUGAACAAAGUGCCCCUAUCAGAUUCAGACUACCAUUACGAGGCCUCCACAAAGGUGAUGGUGGUGGAUCUGAGUAGCCACAAUGUUCUCAUCAACUCUAUGUACACCAUAGCCUGGUUGUGAGUGUGACAGCGCAGUGCCUCCAUCCUACCUGCCGCCAUUACUAGGCCCACCGUAUUGCUCCGACUUGGAGACAGUGGCAAUAGAACUAGAACUACAACUACAACUUAGGUGUCCAUGCUGACAACGCGAGUAGGUUAUACUGGCUCAUGUGUCGUCUUAAAUGUAUUGUAGCUAUCUUAGCAGCCAUAAUCCCUUCCCCAUACAUGUAUACACAUGACGUUACCUACCUGCACAGUGGCAUGCACAAACCACUUACUCACUCAUUCAUUCUCACUGUAAUAUCAGACUGCAAGAAACAGCUAGCCGAAAUGAAGGUUCACCUUAGCUGGCCACUGCUCCGCUUCUUCUUUCGCAAUAAUUAUUGCUAUGGCUGGUAGUUAUGAGGGUUUAUUGCUUACUUCUCAGAGUGCCAUGUUUGCUGGCUAAACACGGCACUCUGAGAAAGUUGUGAGAAUUUACUCACGCUGAGUAAGCCUGACUUCUAGAUAUGCUAACAUACAUGUACAUCCUCUGUGCAGGUCUUGAGACGCUCACAUACAUUCAUGUGGACAACCCUGUAGACUGUGUGCACCGCUCAACUAACCAUCUAACCUGUGCGGCCGCUUUCCUGCACUUUUACGUUUCUAACUACCAGGCCGGCCAUCUUUCCAGCAUACUGGCUUCGUUUGCACUGCUGUUUUUACUCUUUUUAUUUAUCCUUUGAUUUCUUUUAUUAUUUUUUAGCACGAACAUAAUCUAGUGCAGUCCUGGUGACUGGUCUAUGUCACAGAAUGUGUUACACUCCAUUCUAUUGCGUUUAUGACAGGACAGACUGGUGUGAUUGUUCAACAUAGAACCUUCCGACGUUUACAGUCA